AUGUCCGAGGAGUCCAAGCCAGUUGAGCCCGUCGUCGACGAGACGAACGCCGAGCUUAAGGGCAAGGCAAUCGCACAAGCUGACCCCGAAGCCGACGAACACGCCGAGUCCGCAUCCGAGGAAGAGCACGAGGAGGAGCACGCCGCUGAAGGAUCAAGCGACAAGAAGAAGAAAAAGAAGAAGAAGUCGAAGCGCUCAAAGGUCAAGGAGGCUUUGACCGGCUCCAAGUCCGCCCCCACCGAUGCCGACUUCCACAAGGCCCUCGAUGGCCUCACCCCUCAACAGGUCAAGGAGUUCCUUGCUCUCAACCCGGCCCUAGCCCAAGAGGUCUCCAAAGCCUCCAACAGCGACAACCCCUCCGCCGACCAAGCUGCCGAUAUGCUUAAGAAGAUGUCCCUCCAGGAUAUCAUGACUGGUCUUGCCGCAGGUGGAAAGAACGCCAAGGAUAUGGGAUCAUACAAGUUCUGGCAGACGCAGCCUGUGCCCAAGUUCGGAGAGGACAACAACUUGCAAGAAGGUCCUCUGCGAAUCCAAAAGGUUGAGGAGGUUGACAAGGAGCCUUCAGCUUUGAUCCCCGGCUUUGAAUGGGUCACCAUGGACUUGACCAAGGAAGAGGAGAUCAAGGAGGUCUAUGAGCUUCUGAACAAGCACUAUGUUGAGGAUGACGAGGCAAUGUUCCGUUUCAACUACUCACCAACUAUCCUUCGCUGGGCCAUGAUGCCUCCUGGUUGGAAGAAGGAAUACCACGUUGGUGUGCGCGCCUCUCAAUCCGGCCUGCUCUGCGCUUUCAUUUCCGCCAUCCCCGUUCACCUGCGUGUUCGCGACAACGUGGUCACUUGUUCUGAGGUCAACUUCCUUGCCAUCCACAAGAAGCUUCGAGGCAAGCGUCUCACACCAGUGCUUAUCAAGGAAAUCACCCGACGCAGCAACCUCGACGGUAUCUGGCAAGGUCUUUACACUGCUGGUGUCGUCCUUCCCAAGCCCGUCAGCACCUGCAGAUACUUCCACCGUGCCAUCAACUGGCAGAAGCUCUACGAGUGCGGUUUCAGCCCUCUUCCCGCUAACAGCAAGCCUCAAUACCAGAACCGCAAGUAUGCGCUGCCAGACAACACCGCCAUCAAGGGUCUGCGUCCGCUACAAGAAAAGGAUAUCGAGGCCGUUAUGGACUUGUAUCACCGUUACAACAAGCGCUUUGAUAUGACACCACAGAUGUCGCGUGAGGAAGCUCUACACUGGUUCUUGCCCAAGACCGGUCCCGGUGAGCAGCAGGCUGUAUGGACCUACGUUGUUGAAGAUGAUAACAACAAGAUUACCGACUUCUUCUCUUUCUUCUGCAUCGAGUCCACUGCGAUUGGCAACUCUAAGCACAACGUUAUCAAGGUUGCUUACAUGUUUUACUAUGGUACAGAGGUCGGUCUGCAGGACAAGUUCGACAAGGCUGCUCUCAAGAAGCGCCUCAACGAUCUGGUGCACGAUGCCCUUAUCAUCUCCAAAUGCUACAAGUUUGAUGUUUUCAACGCUCUGACGCUGAUGGACAAUGCGCUCUUCCUGGAGCAGCAAAAGUUUGGCGCUGGCGACGGUCAGCUUCACUAUUACCUGUUCAACUACCGUGUUAACCCCAUUGCCGGUGGUGUCGAUCGCAAGAACCAGCUCGACGAGGAGAAUCUGAGCGGUAUCGGACUGGUAAUGCCUUGA